GGAGCCGGAUGUGCCAAGAUGGCGGACGUCGGCGCGGCGGAGGGGGGAGGUGGCGGCGGCGGCGGCUGCUGAGGGGCCUGGGCCUUGCCGCGGGGGCCAGUGUGGGGAAGAAAAAAGAAUACAUCUACAACAUCUGUUAGUUCUACAAAUAGUGUGUGACCUUGUUGAGAGCUGAUCAUGCAGCCGCCUCCACAGACCGUGCCAGCGGGAGCUGGGGGACCGCCUCCUGUGGGAACUGCUCGGAAUGCGUAUUGGCGAAACAGCCCAUUCAGCAGGCGGGCAAACGUACCAGUCUCGGCAGCACUUGCCCCAGUACAACCUGUGACGGACCCUUUUGCAUUUGGCAGACAAACUCCACAGGGUUCUCCGCUAGGUAAUCCAUCCAAAGGCAAUCCGCUGGUCAUGCCAGGUCCUCCUCCCCCAGUGUAUCCUCAGCCAGCUGUUAUGCACAAAGCUCCUUCUCAUGCAGGGGAUAAUCCACACGAACUGCAUGCAUCUUUACUGGCACCUGUGUCUCAACCAGGAGUAAAUUCUAAUACCUUUUCUAAUGUGUUGGCUUCAUUGCCAGGACAUGAUUUAAAUAGUACUGCAGAAAUGCAACCCAAUGCAGAAUUUGGACUCCAUACCCCUUCAGCACUACUGCAUUAUAGUCCAGGAAUGAUGCUUGAAAAUUCUCUUGGUGGACAUGUAGGAGUAGGGCCUGCACCAAACAGGUCUCUAAGUAUGCAAGACGUAAAUCGAGAUCCAAGUAACCCUAGUGCAGUACCUGUUACGACACCAUUCUUCCCUUUUGCAGAAACCCCCUCAUCUCAGUGGAGACUCGUUCAGGGUAACAUUCAGCCUCAAGUUCGGAAUUACUUGCCCUGUGCUGAGCCACCUUCUCAGAAUGCUGUUCAUAGCAUUUCUCACCCUUCUGCUGGUGGUUCAAGUUUGCAUCUGGCUCCUGGACAUCAGCAAAGUACCAUGCAAGCUCCUUUGUUGGGUGGCAGUGACAAGAAUGGGCAAAGUGGUUCUGCAGGAGGUAACCCCCAAGUGAGCAGCCUUCAGCCUGAAAAUAUGGUUAGACAGUCUGUAGAAAUGACUAACACUUGUCUGGCUCAACCUUACCCUGAGCAGUUUUACCCACAGUCCCUGUUACCAGACUGUGGUUUGGUAAACCCCACCACUCAGGAAAGUAACCUGAAAAACAAGUCUCAAGCUGCAUCUGAAACAUCCGCUGGACAUGCUCCCAGCAAUCCAGAUUCAGGAACUAUCUCCAUGUUUUUCAAAGGGGAUGAGGCAGAAAAUGAAGAAAUACUUUCAUCAGAAGUAAAUGAUCUGGCUAGUAAAGCUGACUUUGAUGCUUGUCAGCGAAGUUCAGGACUUAUGUAUCACCCUUCUCUCCCUCCUCAGCAGGUAGUAGCCAAUGUUCAGUCUCAGGCAUCAGUUAGUACAGGCUCUGCUAAUGAGCGUGUACCAAAGGGAAUGGAUGUCCAAUAUUUUCUGAGAACUGUGAGCAGCUCGCAUGAGGCCCAGACUGGCAAACAUUCUGUGCAUGUUACAGAUAACACAGAUGUUAGCAAAGCUCGUGGGAAUGUUGCACCACAGUAUGAAAAUGUCGAGAACCUGGAGUGUGUUCAGAAUCAAGAAGUUCUACCGAAUGAACCACAGAAUAAUCCUUUGUCCUCAAGUGUAGGAUCUGAUCUGUACAGGUAUGGAUUGCCCCCAGGGCCUUCACUUCCAAAGAAUACUAUUGUGAGCCAUGCAGAAGGAGGACCAAAUUUAGAAGCACCUGAUUCGUUACCUCAUCCCAUCCGACCUGACAGCGUAUCCUCAAACUACAGCAGUGUUAGCCACAGGAGCAUUUCCAGCUCAGCGAGACCUCAAGAGCUCGAUGGUACAUUCAUUCAGCAAGAAAGCGGGAAGCCUGAUGAAGAGACAUCUGCCAGUUUCUUUAAGCAGAUUGACUGCUCCCCUUUGGGAGGAGAUGCAAGUGAGCCCAACAUAAGCAAGAACUACCACAGAAAUCUGUCCCAUCCCCCAACUCCAAGUCCCCCCAAGCCCACGGGAAUCUUUCAGACAAGUGCAAAUAGUUCCUUUGAACCGGUGAGGUCCCAUGGGGUUGGGGUGAAGCCUGCAGAGAUUGACCAGGCGAAGGUGGUAGGUGAGCUAAGGGAGAACCACCCAAACAAAAAGAACGCCAAGAAAACUGCAGCUCUGACAGCUGCCUCCCCAGGAAAUCUCGAACAGCCGCCAGAUAAUCUGGAAACCCUCUUCAUUCCCCAAGCACACCCGCUACCUCUUGUCGUCACAGCAGAGCAUGGAAAUGUGUUGCAGCCUGUCGUUGGGCCUGGCAUGGAAAAUGUUCAAGCGGUAUCUGAGAAAAGGCCCUCAACAAGAGCUCAGGGAGCAGUUAAGAAGUGUGAUAGUCCAGCAACCACUCUGUGGGCUCAUAACGAACUGCCCAACUUUGGGGGUAAUGUUCUUCUGGCACCUGCUGCUCCGGCAGUAUAUGUACCUGCCAAACAGACGGUGGAAAUUAUUCAGCCACCUGAAGAGGGGCUGUCACAUCAGCAGCCAAGUAAACCAGGCUCUGUAACCGUGCAGCCUUCCCAGGAUGGAAAUGUAUCCUCUGAGAACUUGGAGAAUCCUCCCAAAAUGGGAGAAGAGGAAGCACUCCAAUCUCAGGCAAGUUCAGGUUAUGCAAGUUUGCUGUCUUCUCCACCCACGGAGUCUUUGCAAAAUCAGCCUGUCCUGAUUGCUCAGCCUAAUCAAAGCUAUAACUUGGCUCAGCCAAUUAAUUUUUCCAUUUCUCUAUCUAAUCAGCUAAGGAAUGAAAAUAAUCAGUUGCUGAAAGAUCCUGGAGUUGGAGACAAGCCUGUUGCAGGCCUCCAAACUCUGCAUGUUGGUGGGAUCCUCUCUGGGGAAAAUGUGUCAUUGCCUGUGGUACAAGCUGGAUCUUUAGCUAAUGCACCUCCAACUACUACUAAUCUGUCAAAUGCUAAUUUAUUACAAAGUCCUAGUAGCGCUUCUGAAAUUGCACCUAAUCAGUCCACAAGUCUAUUGAUGCAACUUCCAUCUCAGAUACCACUUAGUGUAGCUCCAGAAGGUCAAAAGAAUGUUAAUUCAGAAAGUCUUAUUCCAGAAUUGGCUAGUAUGCCAGGGGCUAAUUCAUCAGUGCCCCCUGGGACAAGUCUCCCUAGUGGAAAUGCAAAUGUGUUAGUCCCACCAGCGAAUUCCAUGGUACCUUCCAGUAAUUUUGCAAAUCACUCAAAUAGUAAAGAAGAAGGUGCUGGAGCACUUGACUUUACAGUAACAUGGACACUGGAGAGAAGUAAUACAAGUAAUUCAGGACAGGUGCAAAACCCGUCUCUGUCUGGUGGUCCAGCAUAUUCUCAACAACCAGCCAAUCACAAUAGCCAGGUGGGGCUAGAGAAGCAUGACAAACAACAAUUUUAUCAACAGGUCACGAAAGAUGUGCAACAUCAGGUUCCAUCAGAUAGAGCCAUGCAGGGCACAUUGCCUUCACAACAGCAAAUGCAAGCUGCUCCAAUGCCACAAGCAGUACCUUCUGGGCACUCUUCUGUUCCUUCAAAUUACCAGGUGGCUCCAGGGAGUAAACCCAUGCAAGUACCACAGCAGCAUGACAAUCAGGUACUGAGUAAUAGGCACUAUCCUCUGGGUCCCCAGGAGGCAAGUUCAACACAGCCACCAGCCAGGCCUGCUCAGCCAAGCUCUGAUAAACAACCAUUGCCUGUUCCAUCAUCAAGUGCUUUGACCACGUCAGCAGUUGCUACAACCACCCAGCCAGUCAUGCCAGCCACACAGCAAGAGCCACAGUGUCCAUUGCCACCACAGACUCCUCAGGAUGCCUUUGGUCCACCACAAAACCCUUACUACUAUUACAGACAUCCUUAUGAUGCAUAUCAGCAGCCAUAUCCACCAUCUUACCCCCCUGCGGAUCCUAGAGCAGCAGCUCACCUUUAUUAUUCGGAGGACAUCUAUGGACAGUAUGACCCCCGCUACAGACACUAUGAUAGUGGUAGUGCUGCUUAUGUGGAGUCUGCGGGCUAUCGGUAUGCAGAGCCUGAGCGUCCCAGUUCUAGAGCUAGUCACUGCUCUGAUAGACCUCCUUCUACGCAGGGAUAUAAAGAAGAUUAUUAUAAUACAAAGAGUGGAUGGAAUGAUUACUAUGCAGACUAUUAUGCAAACCCAUAUGAUUAUGGAGAUCCAAAUCGCUGGGACCCUUAUUCAUCAGCCUAUGAUCCUAGAUACAGAGAUCCCAGGAAUUAUGACCAAAGAUAUUGGUAUGAUGCUGAACACAACCUAUACCAGAAGAGAGAAGUGUAUCCAUACAGUAAUAGGCAAGAACAGUAUGAAGAUCAUUGGCGAUAUGAUCCUCGCUUUACUGGGAGUUUUGAUGAUGAAAAUGAACCUCGUAGGGACCCUUAUGGUGACGAAUUUGACAGGCGCAGUGUCCACAGCGAGCAUUCUUCCCACAGCCUGCACAGUUCCCGCAGCGUUCACAGCCGUCACAGCAGCUUCAGCUCUCGCUCUCAGCAAAGCCAGCUUUAUAGAAGCAACAAUGAUCUGACAGCUAAUGCGUUCGAAGCUACCACCCAGCCAGUCUCACUCCACACAGAUUAUCCAUAUGGAGGAUAUGCUACUACUUUUGAUGGUCAACAGACUUUUACAGAUUAUGGCUACUCGGGUGAAACUGGAUGGCCAGCUGUAGAACAAGUCCCAUCUAGACCUUUGACACCUGAGAAAUUUUCAGUGCCUCAUACCUGUGCGAGGUUUGGUCCUGGGGGUCAUCUAAUAAAAGUGUUGCCAAACCUGCCUUCAGAAGGACAACCGGCUUUGGUGGAAAUACACAGCAUGGAGACAAUGUUGCAACAUUCUCCAGAACAAGAAGAGAUGAGAGCAUUUCCUGGCCCUCUUGCUAAAGAGGACACCCAUAAAGUGGAUGUCAUUAAUUUUGCACAAAACAAAGCCACACAGUGUUUUCAGAAUGAUAAUCUAAUUGACAAAGAGUCUGCAAGUCUGCUUUGGGAGUUUAUUGUACUGCUGUGCAGACAGAAUGGGACUGUGGUAGGGACAGACAUUGCAGAACUUUUGCUACGCGAUCAUAAAACUGUGUGGCUUCCUGGGAAAUCACCCAAUGAAGCAAACUUGAUUGACUUCACUAAUGAGGCUUUGGAGCAAGCGGAAGAAGAAUCUGGUGAAGCUCAAAUCUCGUAUCUCACUGAUAGUCUUAUAACAGCAAUUGACGGUAUUGAAAGAGAGACGGAGAGAUUCAGGGAGCUGCUGCUUUAUGGUCGUAAGAAGGAUGCAUUGGAGUCUGCCAUGAAGCAUGGUUUAUGGGGACAUGCUUUGCUACUUGCCAGUAAAAUGGACAGUAGAACACAUGCAAGAGUCAUGACCAGAUUUGCCAACAGUCUCCCAAUUAAUGAUCCUCUGCAGACUGUUUACCAGCUCAUGUCUGGAAGAAUGCCAGCUGCAUCCACAUGCUGUGGUGAUGAGAAGUGGGGAGACUGGAGGCCUCAUCUUGCCAUGGUACUAUCCAAUUUGACCAAUAACAUGGAUUUGGAAUCGAGGACUAUCAGCACUAUGGGUGAUACUCUGGCUUCCAAAGGCCUGUUAGAUGCUGCACAUUUUUGCUACAUGAUGGCCCAGGUUGGAUUUGGAGUUUAUACAAAGAAAACAACAAAGAUUGUCCUAAUUGGAUCAAAUCAUAGCUUGCCAUUUUUCAAGUUUGCCACUAAUGAAGCCAUUCAAAGAACAGAAGCCUAUGAAUAUGCACAGUCGCUUGGUACCCAGCCUGGCAGCUUACCCAAUUUCCAGGUUUUCAAAUUCAUCUAUGCUUGUCGACUAGCUGAGUUGGGACUUGCUGCACAAGCUUUCCAUUAUUGUGAAGUGAUUUCCAAAACUGUUCUUAGAGAUCCCCAGUACUAUUCACCUGUGCUUAUCAACCAGCUUGUUCAGGUAUCAUCGCAGUUGCGCCUGUUUGACCCUCAGAUCAAGGAGAAACCAGAGCAGGAAACGUUUAUUGAACCUACUUGGUUAGUACGACUUCGACACUUGGAUGGACAGAUCAAGGAGGGUGUAAUAGCUUACAGUGCAGAUAGAUCCACCCCUCAGCAAUAUGCCUCUAGCACACCAAGCUCUGAGUUGGACCAUAUCAGCCAGUGUGAUGGAGCAGGAGCUACACCAGACAUGGGUCCUGGUACUGAAAACCAGUUGCUAGCAUCCUUGUUACCGAAUAUGGUCCAGCCCAUGCAAAGUGUACAGCUGAUGCCUUCAGCACCUCACACAAUUCUUGAUGGAUCAUCUACAAUGAUGCCACCUCCUCCACAGCAAGAUCCUGGUGGUACUGUUCCUUUAUAUCUUGUGGCCCCUCCUUCAGUUGGUCCAGGGUCUAGCUUUGCACCUCCAGGCUUUCCACAUCAAUAUGGAGUGGCACAGCCACCACUCUACCUGAACCCUGCAGUGCCGCCGGGAGGGCCACCACCUCUAACAGCUGAUGCCCGGCCAGAAGAACAGAUAAGCCAAGAAACAGCAAUGCAGAGGCUUCCCCAGGGAUCUCCAAGUCGAAAGAAUUUCCCGGAGGAAAGAGAGGAUGAUUUCUAUGGCAAAAUGGCUAGCAUGGCACCAGGACGAAGAUCCAGAUCUACCUCCCAGUCUUCAGCACACAUGGGCUACGGGCGGAGAUCACGAACCACUUCCGAGUCCUCCACCCAUUCAGUAGGACGAGAGAGAUCUAAUUCAGCAGUAAAGCAGCCCUCUCCUCCUCCCCCAUCCAUUCCUGAAGGGAAGGAGACCAAGAAAGACAACAAGAAGGAGGUGGCAUCUAGAAAGAGUGGUGCAAAUUGGUUUCGAUGGCUGAUGGGAAAAGGAAAGAAUGAAGCUCACCUUCCAGACGAUAAGAACAAAUCAAUCGUUUGGGAUGAAAAGAAGCAGCGCUGGGUCAAUUUAGAUGAGCCAGAAGAAGAGAGCAAGCCACCACCUCCACCGCCAACAGGCUUUCCUAAAGUUCCCCAGGCAGCUCCACCUGGACCUGGGGGUCCACCCGGUGCCUCAGUCAACAUGUUCUCCAGAAGAGCAGCAGGAAGCAGAGCUCGUUAUGUGGAUGUUCUAAAUCCAAGUGGAGCAAAAUCAAGCAGCGCUGUUCCUGCCCCGUCAGACCUGUUUGCCCCAUUGGCACCCAUGCCUAUCCCUGCAAACCUGUUUGUACCAAACUCAGUUCCAGAGGAACCCCAGCCUAUAGAAGGGAGUGGGGCAGUCGAGCAGACACCAGCUACAAAUCAAGCUAACACUGAUGCUGCUGCAGCUGCAGAGCCACAGUAUUUAAAUUCUGCCAUGCUUCCUCCUGGUUCUGAACUCCCUGCAUCCAAUCCAGAUGGCUCUCAGUCAGGCGAGCUUUCGCGCUCUAGUUCAAUGAGUUCAUUAUCACGUGAAGUAAGCCAGCAUUUUAAUCAGCCUCUCAGUGGCGUACCACCAUCAGGGGGACCUCCCACUGGCACUGUUCAGUUCUACAACCCUUCUCAUUUUGCACAUUCUCCUGCAGCCACUGGAAGUUCAAGGAUGGGAAGAAUUGGACAGAGAAAAUACCCAACGUUGAAAUAGACGAUGGCGGAGUGUUUGGAACACUUUCGUGCUAGUUUUGGGUAUACAAAGACCAGCUCAAAUUUUAUGGCACGUGGUUAUCAGUACUAUCUUGCAAGUGAUAUGACAGUAAUUUAAUGCUGGCUGAUUGCUUUUAAUGGGUCUUCCUACUUGCAGCUCACCUACGUGAAUCAUUACCAAGCAAGGGUUUUAAAAAAAAAAAAAAAAAAGCCUUCAAAGAUGAUUAGGUCUUUCUUUCCACUGGGGGUGAAAAGGUGGACAGGGACAAGAAACAGUUACUGUCUGUUACAAAAACCAUCUCUAUACUGCAUACACAGUUCUCCAUUGAGGGGAUGCCUCCUUCCCAAUGGAGGACACGCCCACACAUUAACACCCAACUUGGGCCUGAAAAGGACUGGGCACAAUUUAAUAUAUGGGAAACUAUACUGGUGUUUGUCAGUAUAUGACGGUUAAAGACACAUCUGAGAAAUGCCUCACAUGCAAUUUUUUUGGGAGACGGGGCCACAGCUCAUCCAAAUAAAUUGACCUAUAUUGAAUGAAAACUGUGACUGUAAUAAAUCUAAAAUGAAUCUGAUCUGGAUCUUAUCUAGUAUGUAUGUAGUUUGUGUUUUAGACUACUUGUAAAACAAAUUGUAUAUUCUGAAAGAAGCUCUCUGUAUAAUAGCCAACGCUGUACUAUUUCUGACGAGUGAGUGAGUGUUCUUUUUAAGUGCAAUAUGGUUACUUGCUUUCUCUCAAACUCUUGGCACCAUAUAAUUAAGGUGGUAACAGCUUGAAAGUUGUUGAAAAAUGUUCUUGUUGAGUGCCAGAAUCCUCUGUUCUUCAACUAAACUAACUAAGGUCUUAAAUAGUUAACAGAUGAAUCUCAAACCAUACUAAAUUAGGUGAACUAGGUCUCUCUGCCAGUGGACUUGAAGAAAAGCUUUAGGUUUUAAUAUAGAAAAUUCUGAAAACUAUUGAGGUGCGAACACGAAUUGUGAAAAGGCAAAAUGAUCCACCCAGAGAAAAUACACUUGAACAUAUUUAUUGAAUCAUUAGGUCACAUUUUCUUUAGGAUUUGCCAAGGAAGCUGAUUAAUGUUUGCAGUUCUGCCCACAACUAGAAAUAAUGUAAAUGUGGAAUUGCUGAUGUCGUCCCUUUUUGUUUUUUCUUUCCUCGGGUAAUGUGACCACCUUUCUAAAAUCUGGACAGCCUUAAAUAUGUUCCAAAGGGAUUAUAUAUGGUAUUGAGGUGUGUUGUUUGGAAGAAUUCGUAACCUCCCGAUGACUGUCCACGCUCUAAAUCCUUGAGUCGGGCAGCAGCGAUCGAUAUGUUGUUUUGUUUUUUUUCUCUCCUAACUCAAAAGCCCUGUUCAGCUACUUGGCUUCCUCCAGUUCAGCCGUGCUGCUGACACAUCUUUCAGUAGAGACUGCCAAGUAUCUUAAUUCAAAGAACGCUUCCUCUGAGCUGGGAGCUGCUAUCUUUCCUAAGUGUUAGAUUUGACACUGUAAAUUCUUAAAUAAAAUAUUUUGCGCUCUGGAGCACUUUCACA